CCACAGCCUCGUCGUCAGCACGCGGGCGCGCGCCAGAUCCGAAGCGGAGGGGACAGCUCCAGGUGCUGAAAUUGGUUGGCGGAAGAAAAUCAGCGUCUGCGUUAGAUUCAGAGACAAAAUCCUGCAAAACAGGGGCAGAUACAGAUAGAACCGAGGCCUUCAAAACAGAUGGCUGCCACUCAGGAUGCGAAAGGGAAGGGAGAGGGAGGGGACCAAAAUUUUGACUACAUGUUCAAGCUGCUGAUCAUCGGCAACAGCAGCGUGGGCAAGACGUCUUUCCUGUUCCGCUACGCCGACGACGCCUUCACUUCGGCCUUCGUCAGCACCGUGGGCAUCGACUUCAAAGUGAAGACAGUGUACAAGAAUGACAAGAGGAUCAAACUGCAGAUCUGGGACACAGCAGGCCAGGAGCGCUACAGAACCAUCACCACUGCAUACUACCGUGGGGCCAUGGGCUUCAUCCUCAUGUAUGACAUCACCAACGAGGAGUCUUUUGGCGCGGUGCAGGACUGGUCGACCCAGAUAAAAACCUAUUCGUGGGAUAAUGCACAGGUGGUGCUGGCGGGGAAUAAGUGUGAUAUGGAGGAAGAGAGAGUGGUCUCGGUGGAUAGCGGCCGACUGCUGGCAGAACAGUUGGGUUUUGAGUUCUUUGAAACAAGCGCCAAGGACAACAUCAAUGUGAAGCAGACCUUCGAACGUCUCGUUGACCUGAUUUGCGACAAGAUGUCCGAGAGCUUGGACACCGAUCCAGCUGUCACCACGGGAGCCCCCACUGCCAAACUCACAGACAGUGCUCCGCCCCUCCAGCAGCCCGGCUGCAACUGUUAGUGACCAUGUGUCAGGAAGCAAAGGGAUAGCGGCGCUGUAAGGUGGUAGAGCGUGCAGAAUAUUGUCCCCCCCUCCCCCCUCAGCGUUAUCAUUCCAGCUAGUGCUGCUUUCUCUGGACUACAGUUCAACUCCAGUUUAGUAGUAGAAUUACAAAACGCUGUCGUAUUAUCUCUCAACUUUAUCACCUUAUAUCAAGAGCAAAUAACCAGGAAAACAAACAUGGAUAUUGUAAAAUGUGUAACUUUAUCAAAAUGCACCAUAUUCUUUGGCUUGUUAUUAUGGUUAUAACGUUUGAUAAGAAACAGCUACGAGUCACACUGUACAGUUAACCCUUGAGACCUAGAAUAAUAUAUAAUAAGGGAUAGAGUCAGUGAGUGCUUUAAUUAUUCUUUGACUUUUAUUUUUUAGUACAGUAUGUAUUUUUCUUCUUUUUUUAAAAAAAAGUUUAUUUUGCCUCCUACAGCUGCCAAAUCUAUGAUUUAGUACACUAUAGGAUGUAGCGGCUUUUCUUUCGAGUGCGUGGAUGACGUGUGACUGAGUGUGGGCUUGCGCGGGUGUGAGUAAUAUGUCUGAAGUGACUGCGACUUUGCCAUCCAAAAUCAUCUACCUUGGAAAAAAGUGGCCUUUUAGCAUCUCCAAUACGGCCUCUGUAAGUUCCUUCGUCCUGCGUACCCUCGGAACAAAUCCAGUAUGUAUAUCGUUGAUGUAAGUAUCGUUCCUUUGCUGUCUGUAGAUGUGUGGUUCAUCUGAUAGGUAUACCUGUAAAUCUUAAAAAGCGACUUUUCCCUUGUGUUUAGCCUCUAAAACGACCCUUUAUAUAGUUUGAUGCAACAAGCAUGCUGCCAAAAAGUCAGUAGUACGUGCUGUUUUAUCUCAAGCUAGGCCUUAUCCAAGUCUAACCUUCCUCAACUCCACGUGAUAGCAAUGAUCCAGCAUUUCAUUAAAUAAAUAAUAAUAAAAAAAAAUCUCAUCACGCAGUCAAAGAGAUCAUGAUCAGCUCUGGCAUGGAAUAAACAGCCAUAUUGAAAAGAUACAUUUAAAAAAAGAAAAGGAAAAAAAAAGCAUCAGCAUGCUUAAAUUUCAUGUUUGUGCUGUAACAUCCAUCCUGAAAGAAAAAUACAAGCUGCCUACAAAACACCACAGGCGCACAGCGGGACGCUUCCCCCUAGCAGGCAUAUAUAGUACUGUUGUGUCUUAGUAGAUAAGUCCACGUGGUAUAAAUGUUUUCAGUUCUCCAAGUCAUAGAAGAAGAAGAAGAAAAAAAAAUGUUUGUGCCAAAACAUUUCUUAGCGUUUUCACUUGUUUGUUGCAUAGCUGAAUAAGACUCGGAAAAACUGCAUGAAUUCAGUCCUAUGUAGAUUUAUAAUAUAAGAUACUGUAUAUAUCACUUGGUGUUACAGAUUUAGGAGCAUUGUCACAGCACUCGCUGUGAGAUGCAAUGGGCCAAUAAGUGCAAUAUUUUAUGAAUUAAACCCUGUACAUAGCUCCUCUCGUCCGAGUACAACGACUCGGCCUGCAGUGUGUGAGUGACAGCGGGUCAGAAUGGCUCCGUCAUUCAGCACCUGCAGCCACUGAAUGUGUGACUUGAUGUGUGUGUGUGUGUGUGUGCGCGCGCGCGUGCGUGUGUGUACCUGCCAUACUGAAGAGACAACUUAUAGUGUAUUGUUUGUGUAUACCUUUUGUACAAAUGUAUUCACGUACUAUAUGCCGUUCCUGCUAACUGUUGGGUGUUGAUUGAACUUGUAUUACCACGUCAAAAUGCAGUGUUAUUGUGAAAGGUAGUCAGGGAGAAGACUUAGUCCACGCCGUUUGCCAUAACUGUUAUGAUUCCCAGUAAAAAAGGAUAUGCAUAAAACUAGUUCAGAGAUCCCGCACAUAUGUGCGUACACAUGGUCUGUGUGUGCAUCCGUGUAUGUGUGCGAUGGUCUAAUUUGAUGCCAGUAGCCAUGAAAUAAAUUAUCGUAAUUAUCUCCGAGUCAAGGUUCACUCCGUAGGGGAAUAGUUAACGACGGUCGAACUGUCGCUCUGGUCAAAUCUCACUUUAGAACUCUGUGACUUUACAUAUAACUGAACAUAUUUAUUUCACGGAGUGCAAGCAAAGUAAGAAGUAUGUUUUUGAGAUUAUAGGAAAUAAAUCGAAUUCUAUCAGUG